AUGUCACUCGCUAUGAACAAGCAUUCAAUGAACACGGAAAUAUUAUGGUUCAUGCAUAAAUCUCAGACACAAAUAUGCAAACACAUAUCAUCAGAAUCAUGUGCAUUAACACAUAGUAAAUUAGCAUUUGGAUCCGUCAUAAACAUAACAAACAACGGCAUCGUCCUUAUUCACAAUCACAGAAUAUACAAUAGCAUUCAGAAUAGUAAUGAAUGGAUGAUGAGCCUGAUACAUACACUUGAAAAUUCUCUUGAUAGCAUGAAACAAUCAAGUAUGCAGAAAUGCAUAUACGGCAUUGCAAGAAAAACCAUAGAAACAAUACAUGAAAAACUCAGUAAGUACGAAAAUGAAACAACCGUCAUACUUGCAGUAAGAGACACAGUAUUCUUCAUGAAAGACGACGUGGGAACAACAAGUCUGGGAUACACACUCAAUCCAUUCUGUUUAUCACAUACACACUACUCCAACGAAAUAGAUCCGAUGUGUAUUUACUCAUAUAAUAGAAGAUCUGGGACACUCGACAGCUGGCUUAAGCACAGCAGCACACUAGUCAAUGCAUACAUCUCAAAGAUAAAUUCAAUCUCAAAAUACAUCACAAUCGAGAAGCAUUCUGAAUAUGCAUAUCUUAAGAAGCACCUAGAAAUACUCAAUGAUCAUGAAUUCAUCGGCAAGUAUGCAUUAGAGAAUAAUCUGCAAGCAAAGGAUGAAGUAAAUGAGUUUAUCCAGAUAUUCCACAAUUCAGUAAUGCACAGGAUAGUAAGCGGUGAUAUAUGCAUAUUUUUCAGUGGAGGUGUAGAUUCGAUGCUUCUUGCCGUUUUUAUGCACCAUUCUGCAGCACCUAAACAAAAGAUAUACCUGAUAAAUACAUCAUUCGGACAGUCAUCAGACAGAGAUACAGGGAAAAUGAGAUACGAGGAGCUUUGCUUAAUGUUCAAACAGCGCACAUUUGUGUUCAUAGAAAACGACGUUGGCAUCAAAAUGCUCAGAGAAGCAGAAACACAUAUCUAUGAACUUAUUUAUCCAAAAACCAAGCCGAUGGACUUCAACAUAGCAGCCACUCUGUUCUUCAGUGCAAAGGAAGCUAGGAAGUACAGCAGUGUGGCAUAUGCUGGAUCAGGUGCUGAUGAACUGUUUGGAGGAUACAGCAGAUACACAAAAUGUGAAUUCAGAGACUCAAUGCUAUUUGAUUUACUGACUAUUUCGCAUCACAAUCUCUGUAGAGAUAACCGUGUUAUGUCAGACAACCAGAUAGAAUGUAGAUAUCCAUUUCUUGACUCUAAGCUAAUACAAUACUCGCUAAGCAUCAGCGAUAACAUGAUAUUUGGUUCAGGAUUGAACAAACUGAUCAUCCGUGAAGUGCUGAGAAGAUACGGCUUUGAUAAUGCUGCAAACGUUCCUAAGAAGGCCAUGCAGUAUGGAAGUGGCGCAUUCAAAAUGGAAAACAAGCAUUCCACAUAUAACAAAAAUCAUCAAUAA